UGCGCAACCUUAACUAUCAUUUACUUGUAUUUUCAUCUGUUUCGGCAAUUCAGAUGAUACUGCUGUGUUAUAAAUAGUACUAACAAUGAAACAGUAAAUACUUGAGUUUUAAACAACAAACAAAAUGUGGAAGUUGGCAUUCAUUGUUAGUUGUUUAUUGUUUUGUUUAAUUGAGGCACAGGAAGUUGUACCGGUUCCUGGUCAUGGAGCAUUAAAAGGUUACUGCAACACAAAUUCAGACUGCGGUCAAAAAGAAUGUUGCGUAAGCUUCCCUACACCACGAAGAAAAUAUGAUGUAGCAGAACCAUCCGCUUAUAUCAGGCAAUUUGCGAAAGGAAAAUGUGAAAAGCAUGGAAAAUCGGGUUCCGAAUGUCUUCUCAGACAUUUUUCACCUAUGCCAAAAUACAUAUUUUACCACUCCUGUCCCUGCAGCGAUGGCCAUUUGUGUAGAAGAAUCGGACAGUUUAUCUCACCCCUUAGAGAGCUAGGUAUCUGCGAAGAACAUUGUACCUCUAGCGCUAACUGUGGACUUUCUGAAUGCUGUGUAAGCAGUGUUGCUGUAAGAGGUAAAAGAGCCCCCGGCGGUUACUGUAAACCGAUGGGAAAACGUGACUCAGAAUGUCUUGUUAGUAACGGUUCGGGUAGGCCGCAUAGGUUUGUUUAUCAUUCAUGUCCAUGCGAAAAUCCCAUGACAUGCGUCGAGACAUUCGGGUAUUCUGAAAUCGGAAGGUGCGGACAUAUUCAAGGAUAAUAGUUACUACUUUGCCCAUCUAGAAGAUACCUUUAAAAAGCAUACAGCUCAUGCUACUACAAUGGACGCUAAAUAAUAUGGUUCUUACAAGUAGAAUUUCUUGGAAAACACUGUAUUUAACAGCAUAUAUUAAGACCAGAAUUCACAUUACUUAAUGAAGGGCAUUUAUCGAAAUAUUCAUGUUGUUUUUCAUUAAUAAAGCAUUUCUAAUCACAAAGCUGACGAUUAGAAUUC